UUAGUUUAGAAUUGUAUAGUGGUCUAUAAUUUUGAUGGGGUAUCUAGAUUAAAGCUAAGCAAAAACCUAAGUAAACUCCCCUUCUCUAGGCUAUUAUACAAAAACUCAUAUACCCUUUGAAUCCCAACUCCUUUGUCUCGGCCCCUUUGACUAUACGCGCAGGGGCUGAUGUAUAUCAACAAGCGGGACAAUACCGGCUAGGAGUAUGCGGAGAAGCUGGGGAAGCUCUGUCGGCACUGCGAUCGGAGUUGCGUUGGCUGCAGGAUUCCCAUAUUAGGUAUUCCCUGCGCAAUCUUCCAUCUUCGACAUAAUACUUAUAGAGGCGUCGCUGGACCUCUCCCCGCUUCACCUCCACUCGGCUAUCCGAGGCUUCCGUCUCAUCAGAUCAAUACGGAACAGAUAUUCGGUUAUCCUAGGUACCUAUAUAGAACUGCGACCACCCUCGAUAUAGCCUUAGACCAUUGUAGAACUGACCAAAAUAUUUCACAAGUAAUUAGCUAUGCCUCAUAAAGAAGAAGCAUACACCGAAUUCACUCCGGAAUUAUACCCGCCAUUUCCUUCAGAUGUGCCCACGGUCUCGCUAGAGACAAUCACCCUAUCUAAGCUCUUCAAUGGCGACGACGUCGAGCAGGAUCGCGUGUUCGAGGCAUGUGUCGGACGCGGCUUUUUCUACUUAGAGCUGGACGGCUGCACUACGGGGGACACCAUCCGCCGGGGUGCUGAGCAGAUUGCGCUGGCGGGAGAGCGUGUAUUCCAGAUGCCACUAGCUGAAAAGAUGGAUUACAAGAUGGCGAAGUCUCUAUUCGGCUACAAGUGGGCUGGAUCAACCGUGACAGAUGAGGCUGGCACUCGAGAUACUGCCGAGUUUUUCAACGUGGGCAAAAAUGAUAUGAUUGUGCCGAACGACCGUAUGAGCCGCCCAUGGCCGCCCGCUAUCUUGGACGCAAAGCCUCUUUUUGCCGACUAUAUCAAGAGCGCGCAUUCCGUUGGGAUGAUGAUCAUGACUAUCCUUGCGAAGAGGCUCGGCAUUGAUCCGUCUGAGCUCAUGAACCGCCACAGAAUAGAAGAACCCUCCGGAGACCAUGUCCGUAUCACCAGGGGCCCGCCCCGAGAAACGGAUGAGAUGCCCGAGGUUCAGACACCCUCGCACACCGACUUCGGGACGAUUACCAUCUUGAUGAAUUGGCUGGGCGGACUCCAGGUCUGGUCCGAGUCGGCGAGGAAGGCACGGCUUAGCAACGGCCAGCCAGACGUGCCGGGUGAAUGGCUCUGGGUUAAGCCAAAAAGAGGUUGCGCCAUAAUUAAUCUGGGCGAUGCAGCUGUCAGAUUCACGAACGGCGUGCUAUGUUCCGGGCGCCAUCGAGUGAUCCCAUCUCCUGGAUCCCAGGGCCGAUAUCCGCGUUAUAGCAUCGUCUAUUUCGUCCGACCAGAAGACAAGUGUGUCAUGAAGACAAUUAAAGGGAAGGGUAUCCCGGAUGAAGCAAAAGAAGAUGAGGAUGAAGGACUAACAGCCCAUGAGUGGAUAUUUAGACAGUCGGCAGCGCUGGGAAACCGCUUCGAUAAUUGAUAACAGGAAUAAGAUAUGGUUGAGCCACAACGUUUUGUUUUUGCUUCAGUCAGUCUCUUUCUAGGAAAUAUUUUCAAACGGUACCACGCAGCUACUCGAUCCUAAAUUGGUGUGCUUAACGUAGAUAUUACAGCAGAUUAUUAGCCAUCAUUAAAUUUGGGUUGUAGGCAGUACCAACUGUGUUAGUAACAUAUUAGGCGUAAUGUUUUCGAGUUGCCUUCAUGUAAACUUGGUAGAAGACAAUCGCUAUGUCUAGGGGGAAGUAGGUGAGUGAUGUAAAGGCCAGUGUGGUAUGAAAUGAGGGGCGUUUUCGUCUGCGUAAAAGCAAAAACUCCAUGAUAUAAGGUAGGUACCUAUAUAAUAGGUAUGCGGUUGCAU